ACUCUGUAUCAAUGAACGGAGGAGUUGUCAAAAAUUUUCACAAAACGAAAAACUAGUGGAAAGAGGAUUACGAUAAACUAAAGAUUUUUCAUAUGAAAGGCUAAUAUUAGUAUACUAAAUUUAAAUCGAAUAUUUAUUUAGAUUAAAUUAACUUGUAUUAUCAAAAUAUUGAAAUUAUAAUAGCGGUAAUAUAAAAGGAAGAGUCUGAAGAAACAUGAAGAUGGCGGACAGCACGACGAUUCUGCGAAGAAACAGACCAGGAACUAAAGCGAAGGAUUUCUCUCGCUGGGCAGAUGAACCACUUGAAGAAAUGGACAGCACUUUGGCUGUACAGCAGUACAUUCAGCAACUGAUCAAACGUGAUCCAUCAAAUGUUGAAUUAAUUUUGACAAUGCCAGAAGCCCAAGACGAAGGGGUUUGGAAAUACGAACAUCUCAGACAAUUUUGUAUGGAACUAAAUGGACUUGCUGUUCGUUUACAAAAACAAUGUUCACCUACAACAUGUACACAAAUGACAGCCACCGAUCAAUGGAUAUUCCUAUGUGCUGCACAUAAAACCCCAAAAGAAUGUCCCGCCAUUGAUUAUACACGACAUACAUUGGACGGUGCAGCAUGCCUCUUGAAUAGUAAUAAAUACUUCCCAAGCAGUAUUUUUACACUUUUCGCUAGGGUUUCAAUCAAGGAGUCAUCAGUGACCAAGUUAGGUUCGGUGUGUCGUCGUGUUUACCGAAUAUUUUCUCAUGCGUAUUUCCAUCACCGGCGAAUAUUUGAUGAAUUUGAGGCCGAAACAUAUUUAUGUCAUCGUUUCACUCAUUUUGUUACAAAGUAUAACCUCAUGUCCAAGGAGAAUCUCAUUGUUCCAAUUAACGAAGAGGAAAAUUCAACACCUGGUGAGAGUGAUGCUUAGAGCUUUUAUAUUCGGAGCUUGGAAAAUUGUGUGUAAAUAUGAAUGCAGCAAUAUCCAACACAAUAGAGUGCGAAGUCAGAACAAAUACGUAUGGGAAAGACACAUACAACAGUAACAACAAAACAAUAAUAACUAGAAAAAUCAUAAAUAGAAAGCAAAUCAUUAAAACAUUAUAAUCAUAUUAAAAUAAUUAUGAAAUUUAUUAAUGAAAAGGAAGUUUGAAAAACUAUGUAUUAAAAUAUUGUAAAAGAACGGAAAUCAAAGCAAUUUUUUUUUGCAAAUUCGGAAUGGGAAUGCAUAAUAAGAAAGAAUAUCCAAGAUAAAGUGAAUUAUGAAAGAGCUAUACGUGCGAGAAAUCCCAUUGUAGGGAUUGCCGCAACGUUACAAAUUUACGUUCUAUAAUCUAAAUAUUAUUUGGAAGCAAAAUAAAACAUUCAAUAAAUUCUCGAAAUAGCACACAUG